UGCAUAGAAAACAAUCAAGUGGCAUACUUUCUAGUGAAUAUGGCUCUGACAAAGCCCUUGGGUAUUCAUGAAACUUGGUGCUGUGGGUAUUCCUGGUCUUGAAAUAUUAGAGUAAUGUCUUCGUUUGCUCUUAGUUUUCUGCCCUUCAUUCACACAUUACAAACUGAAGAAAAUCCACAAAUUCAUUGCAAAUUUUGUUUCAGAACGAUCGCAAAAUUCCUCAUGAGAACUCGCUAUUCCUUUACAUUUCUAGCAAUACUUCACUUUCUUUCAAUUCAUAACAAUUUCUUAGCUUAUGCUGCUGGUAUAGCAUCAUCACUCAAUACCAGUACUGAUCAGGAUGCCCUUCUUGCACUGAAAAACAGUAUAACUCAUGAUCCUCAGAGUUAUUUACAUGGAAACUGGUCUACAAAUACAUCAGUAUGCAACUGGAUCGGCAUAUCUUGCGGCGGCGGUCUUUCCAAGGAUAGAGUGACUGCUGUGAACCUCUCUUCCAUGAGUCUUACAGGGACCCUUCCUCCACACAUAGGAAACCUGUCAUUUCUUGCUGAAUUACACAUCUUCGACAAUAGCUUCCAGGGUCAUUUGCCUCAAGAGCUAGCUCAUCUUCCUCGAUUGAAGAUUAUCGACGUGGGUUCUAACACUUUCGAUGGGGAAAUCCCACGAACUAUAUUCAACAUCUCUUCCUUGACCGCCAUUGAUUUGUCCUUCAAUAAUUUGUCUGGGAGCUUGCCGGAUGGUAUGUGUCAGUAUCUUACAGAGCUUGAGAGACUGAGUCUUCGUAAUAACCAAUUUAAUGGGCAGAUUCCGUCAAGUUUAUGGCGAUGUAGGAAGCUGCUUUCUUUAUCUUUUGGUUAUAAUAAAUUCACUGGAAAAAUCCCAAGGAAUCUUGGGAAUUUGACAUUGCUUCAAGAUCUUUUUCUUUACCACAAUAACCUGUCAGGUGAAAUACCUCUGGAAUUAGGCUCUCUUCUUGCGCUUCAGAGGCUUUGGUUGAAUGACAAUUUCAUCCAAGGAUCAAUUCCGAGGAGUAUAGUUAACUGUAGCUCAUUAGUGGAGGUGGAUUUGGGGGGAAAUAACCUAACAGGUGAGAUACCGGUGGAUAUAGGUUCUCUUCAUGCAGUUGAGCUUUUCAGAAUCCGUGGCAAUGAUUUCAAUGGAACCAUCCCGAAAAGUCUGUUUAAUUGCACCUCAAUGAGGCACUUAUCAUUAGGUGGAAACAGCCUGACAGGUCCAAUACCAACAGAGAUUGGUAAACUUAGUAAUCUGGUGCACUUGUUACUUCGUUACAACUUCUUAACAGGCAGUAUCCCGUCAACUUUAUUGAAUAUAUCUGCCAUAAAAACAAUAUCAAUUAAUGUAAACCAGCUUUCAGGUCAUCUUCCAUCAACCUUAGGUUAUGGACUUCCCAAUCUUGAGGAGCUUUACAUUACCAGAAACCAAUUCAUUGGAACAUUACCCCCUUCCAUUUCUAAUGCUUCCAAGCUUACUAUCUUAGAGUCAAGCUCAAAUUCCUUGUCUGGACCUAUUCCAGACACUCUUUGCAACUUGAAGAAUUUGAAGAGACUUAACUUGGCAGAUAAUUCUUUCACUGAUGAAUUGGGCUUUCUAGCUUCUUUGGCUAGGUGCAAAGAGUUGACAAGAUUAGUGUUAAUAGGCAAUCCUCUUAAUAGUACUCUUCCAACUUCAAUUGGUAAUCUGUCUUCCAUUGAAUAUUUCAAUGUUCAAAGUUGUAACAUCAAGGGGAACAUACCAAGUGAGAUAGGUGUAUUAAGCAACCUGAUAACCUUACACCUGCAAAACAAUGAAUUAGUUGGAUCGAUUCCGGUUACAAUUGGUGGAUUGCAGAAGCUACAACGUUUAUAUCUCCAUGGCAAUCUGUUGUAUGGAUCUAUUCCAACUGAUAUUUGUCAUUUGAGUAACUUGGGGGAAUUGUUUUUGAGCAAUAAUAGCCUCUUUGGACCUCUACCAGCUUGCUUUGGUGAUCUUAUUUCACUGAGAAUUCUGCACUUGGACUCAAACAACUUUACUUCUGGAAUACCCUUUAGUUUGUGGAGCCUAAAAGAUGUCUUGGAAUUGAACUUGUCAUCAAAUUCACUUAGUGGUCACAUACCGCUAAGUAUCGGAAACCUGAAGGUUCUAACACAAGUAGACUUUUCAUAUAAUAGUUUAUCUGGCAUCAUUCCAAAUGCUAUUGGAAGCCUCCGAAACUUGAUGAGUCUCUCCUUAACACAUAAUAGAUUUGAAGGGCCUAUUCCUGAACCUUUUGGGGAAUUGAUAAGCUUGGAAUCUUUGGAUUUGUCCAGCAACAACCUGUCAGGAAAAAUUCCCAAGUCUCUGGAGCAACUCAAGUACUUGAAAUAUCUAAAUGUGUCUUUCAAUAACUUAGACGGAGAAGUUCCUAAUAAAGGAGCUUUUGCAAAUUUCUCUGCUUCAUCAUUUUUGGGAAAUCUUGCACUUUGUGGCUCUCGUUUGCUACCAUUGAUGCCUUGUAAAAAUAAUACUCAUGGAGGAUCAAAAACUAGCACAAAACUACUUCUCAUAUAUGUUCUUCCAGCAAGCAUACUGACAAUAGCCUUCAUACUUGUCUUCUUAAGAUGCCAAAAGGUGAAAUUAGAACUGGAAAAUGUGAUGGAUAUUAUAACUGUUGGAACAUGGAGAAGAAUAUCCUUUCAAGAACUUGAACAAGCGACAGAUGGGUUUUGUGCAAGCAACUUACUUGGUGCUGGGGGCUAUGGCUCAGUAUAUAAAGGAAGACUUGAAGAUGGAACAAAUGUUGCGAUAAAGGUUUUCAAUUUGGGAGUAGAAGGCGCAUUCAAGAUUUUUGAUACAGAAUGUGAAGUAAUGAGCAGCAUUCGUCAUCGAAACCUGGUGAAAAUUAUUAGUUGUUGCUCUAACCAGGACUUCAAAGCAAUUGUGCUGGAGUACAUGCCUAAUGGAAGCUUGGAGAAGUGGUUGUAUUCUCAUAACUAUUGUUUGAACAUUCAGCAAAGAUUAGAGGUUAUGAUUGAUGUUGCAUCAGCCUUGGAAUAUCUUCACCAUGGUUUCUCUGCACCAAUUGUUCAUUGUGAUUUGAAGCCUAGCAAUGUCCUGCUAGAUCAAGAUAUGGUUGGACAUGUAGCUGAUUUUGGCAUGGCUAAACUCUUAGGUGAAGGAGAUCUUAUAACACAAACAAAAACAUUGGCUACUAUUGGGUACAUGGCACCAGAGUAUGGAUCAAAAGGAAUUGUUUCAAUAAGCGGUGAUGUUUAUAGCUUUGGGAUUUUGUUGAUGGAAACAUUUACAAGAAUGAAGCCCACUGAUGACAUGUUUGGUGAACGAGUAUUGAGCCUGAAGCAGUAUAUCGAAGAUGCAUUGUUACAUAAUGCUGUUAGUGAAAUAGCAGAUGCCAAUUUGUUGAUUGAUGAAAAAAAUUUGUCAACUAAGGACUGUGUAUCAUCCAUUUUGGGAUUGGCUUUGGAUUGCUCUGUUGAACUUCCUCAUGGGAGAAUUGACAUGAGCCAAGUCCUGGCAGCACUCAGAAGCAUCAAAGCUCAAUUGCUAGCUAGUUCUGCAAGGACUCAAAUGUGAAACUUUUUUAUAUUUUUACUGCUCAUCAUGUAAUGUCAAUAAUGGUCUAGUUGGCAAA